ACCUCUUGCAGUGCCAAGACAAUCUCUAUACGAAAACCUUCUACUCAUAAAUUGCACUUCCUAUAUACGGAACCGUGGAAUACUGCAAGCCUCCUUUUUUACACUCAGUAAGGUACAGCAUUAAUAUGAUAAUCCGACGGAAAGCUGUUCAAUCUGCUUUCUGUCGGUGUCUUGCCCUGAUCGGUUACGGUCAAGAUAGAAAACCGAUAGCCGUUAGAGAGUUUCUCCAUCAUACCCUUCCUUCCCCCAAAGAAAAGGUAAAAGUUGGGGACCCCGCACUUUGGCUCGAAUCUGAUGCAAUUUGUAAAAGUGGCGCGCCCAAUUCAUUUCAUCUUUUUUCUUCAUUUACGUUCCUGAUAUGCAAAGUCGCACAAGUAUAUAACCAAGCAACCUUUGCCACAUUGAAUCUCCCUUUUCCUCCUCAACAUCUUCCUUAUUCCCGUUUCCUCCAUUCACUAUGAAUGCCACCAACCUUUUCUCAAACACAAAAACCGGUACUCAAAGCCAUCAUGGCAGUCAAGAUGAAAAGUACGGCGAUAGUCCACGCACGGCAACCCAAGAUAUCGUUGAUGAAUUACCACAUGGCUAUCAACAAGCAAGUACAAAAGUAGAUCCUGAUGAAGGAUUUGAUCCAGACUUUCUCAAAAAGACGAUUCGCAAGAUUGAUUGGAGAUUGGUUCCGUUCUUGGCAGCAUGCUAUUCAAUCUCUUUGAUCGAUCGAACAAAUAUCUCUUUAGCCCGUGCAGCAGGAAUGAAUGCGGCACUUAAAUUGAACGUUGGUGAUAGAUAUUCAAUCGCAGUUUUAUCUUUCUUUAUUCCUUACAUCUUACUCGAAUUUCCAAGUAAUAUCGGUUUACGUAAAUUUGGUGCAGCAAUCUGGCUCAGUACGGCAGUCACCCUUUGGGGUUUAAUGAUGAUCGCAAUGGCUUACGUAAAGGAUCAUCAUCAAUUGGCCGCUUUACGUGCUUUGGUCGGUGUUUUCGAAGCUGCUCUUUUCCCUGGUGCUGCUUAUUUGAUCAGUUGUUGGUAUAUUCGUCGUCAAGUUCAAAAACGUCUUUCGUUCUUUUAUGUUUUGUCCGUCUUUGCAACCGGUAUGUCAAGUAUUUUGGCUUAUGGAUUAGGAAGAAUCUACACAAUCAACCGUUCCCUUCAACCAUGGCAAUACAUCUUUGUUAUUGAAGGUGGUCUUACUGUCUUUUUGGGUUUGAUCGGAUAUGUUGUCAUUGUUGACUUCCCAGACAAAGCAAAAUUCCUUACUGAAGAUCAAAAGAAGAUGACACUUGUGCGUAUUCAACGUGAUCGUGCAGAUGCAGAACAUGAUCCCGUCACUUGGUCAAAAGUCAAAACAUACAUUAUGGAUAUCAAACUUUGGGCAUUUGCAUUGAUGUUCAUGGGUACAACGACUGCAAGUUAUGCUUUAAGUUAUUUCUUACCACGUAUUUUGGCCGGAAUGGGUUUCAGUACAGCAAACAGUCAAAUCUUGGUUGCUCCUCCAUACGUUUGGGCUUUGAUUCCUGCAAUUGCAUCAGGUAUCAUGUCUGAUAAAACUCAAAUUCGUUCCAUUUGGAUCGUGCUCAAUUGUUUCUGUGCAAUCAUGGGUUUGGCUUUGUUUGCUUUCUUGCCUGCCGCAAAUACUGCUGGUCGUUAUGCCGGUAUCUUCUUGUGUGCAGGUGGAUGCAAUUCAAACGUUCCAUUAGUCAUUGGUUGGGCACAAAUUUCAAUUCGUGCUCAAAGCAAACGUGCUUAUACUUCCGCUUUGACGAUCGCAUUUGGUGGUAUUGGUGGUAUUGCUUCUGCUCUUGUUUUCCGUGAACAAGAUGCACCAACUUAUCGUUUGGGUAUUUGGUUCACGAUUGGCUUCCAUAUCUAUAUCAUUCUUGCUUGUGCAGCUUUGUCAUUCCAUUUCCGUAAACGCAACGCACAAGCUGAUCGUCAUGGUGAAAUUUUGGAAGGUCACCAAGAUUUCCGUUAUCAACUUUGA